GAAGCUGGGAAAAAGGAGGGGAAAGCGGGCAAGAAGAAAAAGGAUGCAACUGAAACAGGGACAGAUCCGGGAGAUGACAAAUUGGAAGAAAUCCUGGUGGCCACGACAGACUUGGAGCCGGAACCUGAAGAGAUUCAGUUCACGGAGACUUCGUAUACCAGUGCUUCCUUCGAGUCCCUGCCGCCGAUACCCAUCGAAGAUACAAAACCUAAAAAGAAAAAGAAGAAGAAACUCGGGGAGAAAGAAUCUUCAAUAGUGAAACAUCGGACCAGUAGUGAAAUGUUCCAGAUCUCUGAAGAAUCACUGCUACCUGUUUCUGAAUUAGAACCGAAACCAGCGGCGAUACCAGAACCACCGCCGGAAAAGAAGGGGAAAAAGGGAAAGAAAGGGAAAAAGGAUAAAAAGGUAGAAGAGAUACCGGACUUUGAAAAGCCAAAAGCAUGGAAGAAAAUGAACAAGAAAGACAGAGAUGCCUGGCUCCUCCAGAGGAUAGAAGAGUGGAGAGCGGAGAAGGAGGCUGAAAAACAAGCAAUCCUGGCAGGAGCGAAGGAGAAGCGCGCUGCCCUGGUCAGGGAGCGGAAUGAGAUGAUGGCAGCAGAACUGGCCGAGCAAGAAGUCAGAAGAGACUUGCAGCAGAAGGCCGUCAAUUUAUUCCAAGGUUAUGAAAAGCAAAAAAUUAAGUACGAACAGAAAAAGCAGAAAGAAGCUGAGUGGCUACAAUACGUUCGAUGCGAUGGUCUCCCGGACCCUCGCAUCGUGACCGAGCUGAACACCUUCCUCCAUCUCUGGCAGCAGAAUAAGGUGGCUGAUGAUAACGAGCUGGACAAGAAGUUUAUAGAAGUCCUGCCGAUCUUAGAAAUGCUGGAAAAUAUUCUCAAUAACGCAAGACAGUACACACCGAGGCAGAUUAGUAAUUAUGAUGAGGUCCGUCUAGCCCUCAGGGCUCAGUUGGCCAGCGCAAUAGAGAUGGCAUCCUACUCCCUACUGCGAAAUAUAGAGAAAAACCUGGUUUCCGAGUCUACUAAGGUAUCUACAUACAAGCGGGAGUUUAAAGGCAUGCGGCUAAACAUCUGGGUGGCUAUAAAAUGGCCUACAAAGAAACCUAGACCGGUGGAACAUGAGCCGGACCCAGUAGAACUAUCGUUUCCAUCAAUGAAAGUUUCAGUGAAACUGCCAAAGAUUAUAGACGGGUCCUGUGUCUGCGUGCGCGCAGCUCGAUCUCAAAUCGAUCUGCUUAGCGAACUUUCGCACAGUUUCGCUCUCAAAUUCGAUAUGCCGAAACGAUAUGAAGAUCUAUUUUCAUUCAACGUAAAGGAACUGAUUGAGUCCCAACGUCUGAAGAAGUUACAAGAUGAGGCGAGAUCGAAGUUCUACAGAGAAGUUCGUGAGAGAGUUCGUGAGUUGGAGAAUAUCAUCAAAACCAAUAUAUACCUGCAAAAUAUUAAAGAAAAGGAAGAAUUGGAUGUUCUGAACAUGGCAGAGGCGCCUUACGUGUCUCCACCCAGAGUGUGCAUAGCUACCGAAUGUGAAAUCGAAUUUAAAAAGUAUUUGAGGUCGUGCAAAUCCAAGAUACGAGUUGGCGAACUAAAUCUCAGGCGAUAUAGGAUCUGUGGCGGUGUUCUGAAUCUGGAUCUGAUAGUGACUCCCCCACAGCCGAAACGGAUGCGGCAUUCAGUCAUUGUGACUACAUUACAACUCCCGAAAUGUCUGGUGCCUGUAAAGUACCAGGUACAAUACAAGGCGCCUGGGCCCCCACCGCCGGGGGUCACUAGGACCCCAGAGGAGAUCGAGCAGGAGAUCAAAAGGACUGAGGCCCAAUAUGAGAAGCUAGCCAUGGUUUUUAUUGACCUCCCACAAGACGUGAUGUGGAACGAGCCGCCCGUGGUGUGCCAGUGGCAUGACGAGCGCAAAAUCUGGACAUCCAACUAUGUGAACGAUUACAAAUUUAAUGAAGAUAAGCUUACUAUACAGUUCAGAACUGGUGUUCUUUGGCCCAUUGGUAUCGGGACGUUGAGGUACAGUAACCUGCCCUACCAAGGGUGGGAUAUAAAACCGGAUCCAGAUGGACGCGGCGUGCUGAUGACGGUGACCGGCCUCUGCGUGACCGUGACGUUCCUAUGCGUGAGUAACUGGGUGAAGCUGAAGUCCAUUGCCAACGCGUCCACCGCGGCCCUGUCUGAGCACUUCAACAAACGGUAUUCCGUGAAGGAAUUGGUUCGGAUAAUGCGCGAAGCUGCCUGCGACUUCUUCCCGGACUUCGACGGCCACAACCACGUGAAGGGCUCGUCUCCCAAGGAGUGGGUGAUGGAGCGGCACACGUACCACGCCAUGGCGUUCCUCUCCAGGGCUUAUAACUUCCAGUCUAGCAGAUGGAAUCAGUCAGCAGGUUACCGGAACAUCGUCCUACAAUGCAGGGAAAGCGUCGAUAUGAAACGAGCGUCGAAACUCCAACUCAUGAUGAUAAACCCGGAGCGCGCGGUGCUGCUGAGAUGCAAUGAACAAUCAAAUGAGAUCAACUUCGAUUCACAACCAGGUUUGAAGUUCUUCCCCGGAGUAUUCACAUUCAACAUGCUCUACGGUUCAGUCGACGCGCGGAGAGUGACGUUCAGUAUGAAAUUUAAACUAGUUGAGACCGUUUUCGAAUUACUGCAGGAAAUUAAACCUUGUAGCUACUCUUAAGAUGAAUUUAAGUCACUGUUUAACCGGCCCCUAAGUAGUAAAAGGUUAAUAACUAACGAAUUUAAGUCGUUUUUAACAGGGCCCCAAUACAAGCAGGACAAUUGGAUAGUUUCCUCAGUCAAAAUAAAUUAUUUCGA